GAAUCGGAAAGGCAGCGCAACCUGCGAGAGAUUUUGAAACAGCUAUAUAUCGCGGUGGAGGCUGGUGACUUUAGCCCUGGUGCAGUGCACUGGACGCGAGAGCUCAGAGGAUGGCUGUCACUCAAGUUUGAUCCGACUCGAAGCGAGCGGAUCAACCUUGUUAAGCUGUACUAUGAGCUAUCACUUGCUCCUGGGAUCGAUCCUAAUGUUUCAGAGCGGUUCGCAAGCAUGUUCAUGCUCCUUACCAAGCGCAAGCAUUAUCUCAGACCAGUCAAAGAUUUAACACUAGAUUGGAGACCGCUAUACAGGGAAUUAAAGUCAUUCGUUCUACCGACAGAGUCUGGGCUUGUGCAUUCAACUAACUUGAAGCGCAAUGUCAAGACAUUGACCAAGCUCUGCGCCUUCGUUCAGCUGUAUAUUGACCCUUGUGAGCUGCCAGCCAUGCUGGAAGAAUUCCUUCCUCAUUACACUACGUCCUUCUCGGAAGGUGCCUUUGUCGUCGUUGGGUUGAUCAAUCUCCUUCUUCCCACUUCUCCCCCGCCCGAAGCCAGAGAGGAUCUCCUUCCGCAUCAUUAUCUCCCCACUCAUUUCCAUCUCUGGUCACUUGUGAGCCGCUCGAAGACAUUUGACAUCACAUUCCUCGACUAUCUGUCUCGUCUAGCUCGAGACUCAUUGCCCGCUGGCCAUAUACCCUUCUCAGAGUAUGGCUUGUUCACGAAGGAACAGUCAUCGCUCAUUUUUACGGCUAUCCUCCGAUUACUGGAAAUUCCGGUUGGGCAGUCCACAUCGCCUUACAGCGCUCUUGUGGACAUCUCUUCUGGGCUGGGAAUAAUGCUGGAUCGAGACACUCGGAAGCACCCUGUGGCUCAUCACAUUGCUCGAUGGAUCGUGAUGUCACUCUCGCCCGCUUGCCUUGAAGCCGAGGAGUCAGUGCUUACUCAGCUUGAGGGCCUCAUACAAGCUGUAGAGACCUUCUUCCAUCCUUCCAAUUCCGGUAGUUGGACCAAGACCUUGUCCCAGUUGGUGUACUAUCUAGCCGACUUUUUCGUCAUGCGCUGGAACCGCGAGCAGAGUGGGGAGAUGGAUAUACCACCAGAGCGGAGGCUGACGGAGCCUUUGAAGCGCCGUUUCGUGCUCUGUCUACGCGACGUCAUUUUCAUGGGUAUAUAUGCCAAAAGUGGUACCGCAAUGAGCUUUUCUCUGUCUACCCUCCAGAGUCUGGCAUUCUUGGAGCCUCACCUGAUCCUUCCAGGAGCUCUGCAGCGGAUAUACCCGUCACUUCAAGGACUUGUAGAGGUACAUCGUACUACCUCUUCGCUCCGCGCUCUGCAGGUCCUCUCGCGUAUUAUCUCCAGGACAAAGGGCUACCGCUGCCAUAUGACUACUUUACUGGGUCUUGCACUACCAGGAGUCGACGCUAAUGACCUCGAAAAAUCCCUGCAUGCAUUGUCCUUCAUCCAAUCCGCAUGCUAUAACAUUCCCAUGGCCGAUUUGACGAGGGAAGGGGAUGAUGUAAAUUGUAACAUGCUCGCCAUGCAAUGGAUUACCGGCGAGAUGGAACGCAUGGAAGAGCAAGGCGUCGAGGUGCAGCUGAACUACGACACCGAGCUGGACGAUGAGACGGAAGAGAUGAUACUGCGGUCCUCUACGUGCGGGUUUGGGGACUUCAUUGUAUCGUUUUUGGGUCGUGUUUUCACCCUCCUAGAGAACCUGCCGGACGUGACCAGAGUCCGAAAUGGGUCUCCUGAAGAGAAUAUUGUGAAUACUCUCCCCGCCACCUUCAUGCCGUUACUCUCAUCUCUCUCUCCGGAGUACUACGAUAUUGCCCUCUCGAAGGUUGUCGACUUCGUGUCGAACCAUGUUAUCCACCAAGCUCGGGAUGCAAUGGCCUUCAUCUGUAACUCUGUGUGCAAAGUCAGCCCUGCAAAGGCUUUGAAACGCUUCAUCCCCGUGUUGACCCAGGCUAUUCGUACUGAGAUCGAUGAUAAUGGCGCAGGAUCAACUAGGACAACAGGCACAGAUGUCCUCCCUCGCGACCGUGGCCUGGUAUGGAACGUCAGCAUGCUGAGCAUGUGUGUCGUUCACGUCGGAGAUGCAGUUCUGGCGCAUAAGAAAGAACUCUUCGACAUAGCUGUGUACAUGCAGCAGAAGUGUAGGGGAAUACCGACGGUUCAUAUCUCCAAUUUCAUUCACCAUCUCCUUCUCAACCUGACGGGAACAUAUACAUCGGACUACUCAUUGUAUGAGCCUGAUGUGGUUGCCAAGGGUAUACAGCCUGAUUUGUGGAGCUACCGACAGGAUCCUUGUAAACUGAGCGUAAAGUGGCAUAUUCCAAAGCGUGAAGAGCUCGAAUUUGCCGUUGAGCUAUUCCAGAAUCAGGCUCAGUCUGCUCUCAAGCAGCUGACGGCACUGACCACUGAGACAUCCAGCGUCAAGCGUGAUGGAAGUGGUAAAGAUUGGUCAGACGAAGUAACCAGAAAUCUUGUCCUACUACGACUUAUUCUUUCGGGUAUCUCAGUGCUCUUUGACCCGAAGGCAGCAUCAACAACAACCGUCAACAGAUCUACUACAUCCUCCAAUGAUGUGGAAAUGGCAGAUGCCAAACCAGAUUCGCACACCGUUGACGAUGAAGAUGCCGACUCGGCCCUGGACAGCUCUGAUGAAGCGGCUGUCCGGGAAUCUUUUUCAUACCCGACGAAUUACCCACUGCGUGAGACGGACCAGAUGUACACUACCAUUCACGAGAUCCGAGAGAAGGCAGGCUGGGUUCUUCACGAUGUCCACAGAUUCCUCUCAGAUAAGCAAGAGGACGAUGUGCCUUGCUUUGCAGCCCUCUACUCGGCUUACCGGUCAUGGUUUGUGGACGUGGGUAUUGAGAGGUCCGCCCAUGUCCUUGACAGAGUAACACGUCUCCUUGCGGCCGAUAUUCACCCUUAUAAGAUGAGCGGUAUUCGUAAGGACUACCCUCGUCCUCUGCUCGUACGCAGGGCCAAUGUGUACCACCUGCAGCGCUUGAGGCACAAUGCAGCGCCUCGGCGUCGGUCUAAGCUGGAUGAGAUUUUACUACUAGAUAUUGCUGAGUCCUGCGUCUCGCUUUACACCGAAACGCGGCGCAAUGCUCAAAGUGCGGGUGAAUCGGCCCUCAAGGCUGUAUGGGGUUCCCGGCUUCUUGUCAUCCCUCCUCUUCUCAAAGCUCUCCAAAAGGGCAUCAGGGAGAAUGACCACGCACGGAUUAAAGGAGCAUUGUUCUCUCUAUUGCUUGGUAGCGUCGCCAAGACAGUCGGUCGUCACUGGAAGUUCGCGCCUACUUUGGUCCGAACCUUUAUAGACGCAAGCGCCGUCGACAAACCGUCUGUGCAAAGGAUCUGCUCUAGCGCUGUGUUCCAGAUCAUGGAUUAUGGUCGUUCCAUGGAAAGAAUGGCCAUUUUAGAUCGCGAUAUCGUCGAGGCAAUCGCCCCACAAGAGAACGUGGCAGAUGAGAUCACAGAGAAACGGGAGACCAUCAACAAAAAGCGUGUGCUUAUCGAGAAGAAGAAGGCUGACUUGUCAGAAGAGCUUGUCAACCUUGCCCGGGUCUCCCAUUGGAAGGUGGCCAGCCGUGCGGCUACUAUUGUCAUCACAAUGGGCCUCAGGUUCGAUUAUGUUGCGAGCGAAAACCUCAUAGAGUUGGUGACUCACGGCUCAAUUGACGAUCACCCCGGUCUAAGGGGCAUGUAUUCUCAAGCGCUCAUCGCAUUGUUCACGAUGAUAGAUGUGCGGGCAAUUUGCAGCCAUGAUUACAAAAAUUACAUCUUGGGACAUCAACAUUUCCCUUCUAAAAUCAAGGUUGCCACCAAACGGUACGAAGAAGGAUGGACCAAGGAAUAUCUUUCGAGUUUUGGGAAUCCCGAAGCGGAGUACUACGUUGACCAUGAUUUCCCUGGUUGGCUGGUGUGGGCAGACAGCAUGCCUGCCUACAAGUCAAACGUGGCACGGGAUAUCGAAUAUGACGAAGUGGAGUGGAAGGUUCGCGCCUAUAUGGGUAAAUUGUUCGACCGAAGCUGGUUCUCCAAGUUCUUCAUGUACUUGAAGCAGGAGCCCCGGGAUCCUUCGGCGGAUAAAUUCCGCAUGCCCUGCGCUAUGAUGCUUCUCUACGCGUUCGAAUUGAUGCUUCGAGAUGGCCUCACGGCAGCCACUUUCCAAGACAUUCAGGAGGAAAUUCAGAUUGUCUUUGAAGAUGGUAGCGACAAACAUCAGCAUAGGGCUACCGCCGAGAUUCUUGGCGCCCUGGUGAGCUCUGUGGCAGAUACAAGCGUCGAGAAACGCACAAUGGUCUGGGAAUACGCGUUCCCAAUCGUCCAAAAGAUUUUCACUGAUGGCUUGACUCCCGAGAACUCUGGCUACUGGACGACUUUCCUCCAUAUGAUUCUUCAGUGCCGGGAUCCUCGGCGAGCUUGGCCAUUGGUUGACUGGCUUGCCAGUUUCCGGCUGGACAUGGGUACAAACGCCGCUUUCAAGGAAAGCUCCAAGAUCAAUUUGCUACACCAGUCUAUCAUCGACGCUGGAUGGCACUUCCAACUCGAAAAGCCGAUCAUCAAGGAUUUCCUUGCCCACCUUGAUCAUCCUUACAAGGGCGUUCGCGAAGCGAUGGGCCAGACGAUCGCGACGAUAUUCCGCACCAGAUACCACGAGUCAUAUGCCGAUCUCAAACGUCUACUAUCAGCCCAAGAGUCGGCCUCAUCGGUGGGUACCUACCCUUACCUUCCGACCGAGGAUUUCACAAAGAUGGUCCAUGAGGUCUUUGGCCGCAUUGAGAAAUGGCGCCAUGAGAGGACUCCUGGCCAACAAGCGCCCUCUUCCUACACGUCGGGCUGCAAGACAGUUCUUCUGUGGCUCGACUCGACUCUUUCGUCUCACGAGUGCACGCAACUGGUUCCCUUCUUCCCGGAUUUGUUCACGGGGCAGCUCUUGCACAUGAUGGAUGUCAAGGAGGACCCAGAGCUGCAGUCCUUGGCAUAUCAUGUUUUCCGUCAUCUGCCCAACAUUCCUUAUCCUGCUGAAGACAAUUCUGGGUUCAUCAAGACACUCAUCCACAUCGGACAGACCUCCCCCUCGUGGCAUCAACGCCUGCGAGUUAUGAUCAAUAUCCAAAUCAUAUAUUUCCGUCGUCUUUUCUUGCUCUCCAACGGUGAUCGAGACAAGCUGUUCGAGUGUGUCGCGAGCAUGUUGGAAGACCCUCAGCAUGAAGUGAGAGUGGGUGCAUCGGCCACACUAUCCGGCAUGAUCCGUUGUUCACCCGUUUCUCUGCGGCAAGAGAUGGUCAUCCGACUCAGAGAGCGGUUCACUAAGGUGUUGGUCGACAAUCCCCUUCCGAAGAAACCCAAGGGAUUCCGCUCUGGCCUAUCGACUCCGGUCUCCUCAGGGGCUGGUACACCGACCCCUGAACAUACUCGACUCAUCUUAGUCAGGCACGGUGCUGUUCUGGGUCUCGGUGCGCUCAUCCAAGCGUUCCCAUACAACAGUCCGCCCCCGAGCUGGAUGCCGGAGGCGCUGACGACUCUUAGUGUUCGUGCUGCCAGUGAUCCAGGUAUUGUUGGUUCUAGCGUCAAGUCUAUCAUCAGUGAGUUCAAAAAGACAAGGCAAGACACUUGGCAUAUUGAUGCAAAGGCUUUCACGUCGGAUCAGCUUGAGGAUCUUUCUGGAGUUCUUUGGAAGAGUUAUUUCGCAUAGUGUGAAAAUGAGGGAAGAUAACCAUGCAUGGGUGGAUGAGUCCGUUAUGCAAUUUUUUAUUCGCAAGACCCGUUCAAGAUUUGCAUAUCAUUAUAGGCUUGUCUGGGUUACAGUAUUGAGUGGAUACGGGAGCUGGCCAGCAUUGGGUAGUAUACGAAGGGACUUAGCAUGUUUAAAUCCACAAAAGACAUAUAUUGUUUGAUACC